CUGACGUGUGACGUAUGUCAGCAGCAUUUUAGUCAGCCAAGAUGGCGGACAGUCGACGGGGCGAAAGUGAACCUCUCUUGAGUAAUUCAGAAAGUAGCGAAAAUGAAGGCAUUGCUCCUUCAGCACCGAACCUGCCGCCCAUUAACUCUACAGAAAUUCCACCAGUGCUAGGCAGCGAUGUCCCUCCACCCAUCCAGCCCGGCGAGAUGCCCCCGCCCUACUCCCCUCCGGUCCAGGGGGGCCCCGGUGGCGGAGUGCCCAUGAUCAACUGCCGCGUCUGUCAGGCCAUGAUCAACCUGGAAGGGAGGAUGCACCAGCACGUGGUCAAAUGCAGCAUCUGUCACGAAGCCACUCCAAUCAAAGAAGCCCCAGCUGGCAAGAAGUAUGUCCGCUGUCCGUGCAACUGCCUACUUAUCUGCAAGCUGUCAUCCAAGCGGAUUGCAUGCCCCAGGGCUAACUGUAAGCGAAUCAUCAACCUGGCGCCGAUGACGACUGUUGCAACUCCCUCGACCACGAACACCCUGACCACUACCUCUGGCUACCGCGUGGUGUGCGGUCAUUGCAACGAGCGAUUCAGGUUUCCACACUCGUCAACCCUGGCCAGAUGCCCCUACUGUCGAAGAGUAUCGUCUGUUGGACAAGCCUAUGCUAAAAACAGGUGCAUCAUCUACACUGUGAUUGGACUGAUUUUCCUGGGCGCUGGCAUUGGUGUCACGAUUGGGACCUACUCUCUGGCUGAGAACCAAGGCGGUAUCUACUUUGUGUGGAUCGGUGCCUUUGUGGUCGGGAUCCUGAACCUGAUGCGAGCCGUGUACUACGGGGUCAUGAAGGUUAGUACCCUGGAGACGGAUUAGACGGGGAAACCCCAACUGCAAGAGA